AUUCGACUCGCCUUGAGUAACGUUAUAGCCGCCAAUCCCAGUCCCAGUAUCAAUGUAGAAAUUUCGACGUAGUAUCAUCUAUUGACCCGUUCGCAACCUCCCCUUGACUAUCAUCAUCAUCAUCAUCCCAUUCCAUACGCUACCAAAACGAUGAUGUCAAACAAAGAAAUCAACAAAUAAUAUAACGCGUUCUUUGAAUUCCACACACAAAACAAAUCAACCAAUUUAAACCUCUAUCUAUGGACUACGCACACCCACUAAACCAACCAAAUCAAAAAACACCUUCACCAUGCCAUGCCCAACCUUGUUAACACUACUCAUCCUCAUAAUCUCCAUCCCCAAAACACUAUCCCAACAAGAAUACGUUGCUCUCAGACAACCAGAUUGUGAACACACAUACACCCCAACAUUAGGCAACAUUUGCAACAGCGUCAAUUCAUGUCAAUCUUACCUCACUUUCAAAUCAAACUCUCUAUACAACACAUCCACUUCCAUUUCCAACCUCCUCAACUCUUCAUCUUCUCUCGUCUCUCAGUCCAACAACAUCUCCACCCUCCAAAUCAUCCCCGCCGACACCGUCAUAACCGUCCCCGUUACCUGUUCCUGUUCCGGUAACAACAAAUACUACCAACAUAACUCUACCUACACUUUGAAUAUCGUCGGUGAAACCUAUUUCUCUGUCGCUAAUUACACCUACCAGACUCUUACCUCCUGUCAAGCUCUUAUUGAUCAAAAUACUUACCCAGUUCGAAACCUCUCUGUUGGUCUCAACUUGACUAUUCCUCUCCGAUGUGCUUGUCCCACCAAGAACCAGACUGAUCAAGGCUUUAAGUAUCUUCUCACCUACUUGAUCUCUCGAGGUGAAACGGUUUCUUCCAUUGCUGAUAUUUUCAGUGUUGAUCCUCAAAGCAUUCUUGAUGCCAACGAGCUUUCUUCUGAUUCCCCUAUAUACGCUUUCUCACCACUUUCAAUCCCUCUCAAAACGGAACCACCGAAAAAUAUAAUAAGAGCAGCUUCACCGCCGGAGUCUCCGCCGCAAACUCCUCCCUCGGGUGGUGGUUCCUCCUCUUCCAAGAAAUGGGUCAUCGUCGGUGUCGUGGUUGGGGUUGUUGUAUUUCUUAUCGUGAUUCUUGCUGUAUUUUUUCUCUGUUUCUAUAAACGGCGGCGGCCGCCUCCGAAGCUACCACCGCCGGCGGUUCAGAAAUUAUGGGACUCUCACGCCAAGAAGGUUUCCUCAACAACUCAAUCUUCGUCUCUUUCUUCUGAGGGGAUUCGUUAUGCGGUUGACUCGUUGACUAAGUACAAGUUUCACGAUUUGCAAAAUGCAACCAAGUUUUUCGGCGAAGAGAACAAGAUUAAAGGUUCUGUUUAUAGAGCUUCUCUUAAAGGUGAUGAUGCUGCUGUUAAGAUUCUGAAAGGUGAUGUUUCUUCUGAGAUAAACAUUUUGAAGAGGAUUAACCAUGCCAAUAUUAUAAGGUUGUCUGGUUUUUGUGUCUACAAAGGUAACACUUAUCUUGUUUACGAGUUCGCUGAGAACAACUCUCUUGACGAUUGGCUUCACUCUGAGAAUUCGAAUUCUAUGUGUUUGAGUUGGUUUCAGAGAGUUCAGAUUGGAUAUGAUGUUGCUGAUGCACUUAACUACCUUCAUAACUAUGCUAAUCCUCCUCAUGUUCAUAAGAAUUUGAAAAGUGAAAAUAUUCUAAUAGAUGGAAAAUUCAGAGGUAAAGUUUCAAAUUUUGGGUUGGCUAGAGUUAUGGAGAAUGAAGACAGUGAAGGGUUUCAAUUAACAAGACAUGUUGUAGGAACUCAAGGUUACAUGGCUCCUGAAUAUAUUGAGAAUGGUUUGAUUACUCCAAAGAUGGAUGUUUUUGCAUUUGGUGUUGUGAUUUUGGAGCUUCUUUCUGGAAGAGAAGUUGUUGGUGGUGACAAGAAUAACGGUUUGUUGGGAGAUCAGCUUUUAUCUUCAACUGUGAAUGAGGUUCUUGAAGGGGAAAAUGAUAGGGAGAAGCUUAGAGGUUUCAUGGAUCCAAAUUUGAGAGGUGAAUACCCGUUAGAUCUUGCAUAUUCAAUGGCUGAGAUUGCCAAAAGAUGUGUUGCUCGUGACCUGAAUUCAAGACCAAAUGUUUCUGAGGUUUUCAUGGUUCUGUCUAAGAUUCAGUCCUCUACAUUGGAUUGGGAUCCAUCGUCUAGAUCUGUUAGCCAAGUUUCUGAUAGUUAAUGUUUUUGUGCCAUUGGAUAAGUGUUCUAGAGUUUAUUUAAUCUUUAUACAUGCAGAUAUUUAUGUUCGCAUGCAUUGAUGAUUGUUUUGCUAUUAUAAUAUAGAAGUCCACACUUUGAGCUUCCACAUUAUUGUAUUCCUUAAAAUGGCAGCUUUACUUUGUUAUUCUUUACAAUAAGGAUAUUUGCGUACUCAA